AUGGAUUCGAAUAAAUUUGAACAAAUAGGCUUGAGCUCAUUUUACCAUGCCAUACUAACACUUGAUAAUGCCAACGACUGGUCGCAGUGGAACCAGAAAGUUAAGGAGUUUCUUCGAAUAUCUCCCGUGGCUAAAGAUGAAGCGAUCCCACCUCUGGAAGAGGAGGGAGCGCAGCAAUGGUCUCACCGCCAGACAUUUUACUCGUCAAUGAUCGCGGCAAAGCUGACCCACAACGCGGCUCAGCGGAUAAACGCCUUCGAAAUCACUCGAGUCCAAACUCUAAUCAAAGCGGUGAAAGAAAACUUCAAGCCGGAAGGUUCAGGAACAUACGUCAAUCUUCAGAGAAGGUACAUGUCACUUACCCGAGCAAAAUGUGGGAGUGCACAAGCCCUCGGGGCCGAGAUCAGAAAGAUCCAUGCGGAGAAACUAUUACUCGACCCAGCAUGUGUCACAUCUGAGAUUGAACGAACCUUCUUCUUCCUGCAUGCCUUAGGUCCGGAAUAUGAGAGCUUCCGCGACCAUAUCUUCAGGCAAAUGGACAUUGUCAAUGAUAGAGACGAAAACGGACAUAUCACCAAAGCGGCCCCUACAUUUGACUACAUUGAGAACAAGGCCAUUGAAGAGGAGCAUAGGAAAGGCCAGCUGAGCAACCAACCCGCAGAUGCGAAUGCACUUCCUGCCUUCACACUCAGCCGAAGCCUUAGAGACAAGAAAGUCACACCGUCUUCAGAUGGGAAAACAUGCCGGAUCGAGAUCAACAAUGUCCCUUUCUGUAUUUUCUGUCGAAACCCCUAUCAUAGGGAGCCUCAAUGUUUCGAGAAGAAUCCCAACCUGAGGGACCAAGAAAAGGAGAGAAAAACACGCAGGCCAAGACCCAACGAUGCACACAAGGACUUUCGUAAGCCAUCUAAGAGGCGGGCCAGUACGGACCAUGAAGACGACGAAUCAGAAGGACCGAGAGACCCCAAAAGACCGACGUUCAUGGCGACACAAGUCUCAAAACAAGAUAUCAAUGCAGCAUUCAGAGCCGAAGUUGAAGGAAACGUGGCCACUUUUGGCCACAUUCCCAGUAUGAUGGCCACAAAAACCCUCUCAAUCCGUGACGCUUGGAUCGUGGAUAGUGGGUGUGCUCAGCACGUCUGUAACAAUGCCUCGAGAUUCGUGAAGAUGGACAAGUAUGAUGGCCCCCGUUGA